UGGAAUUCGCUUCGCUUUGUGUUCGAUCGCAGAGCAACGCGUUAGUAGCGUUUCGCGUCGCAUACAGUCACCGCGUGUUCCUCCGCUAUGGAUAAAUUUCGCGUCUUGAAACCGGAAACGAUAAAAUUACUUAUAGAUGUUGUUCGUAAUUACCCGGAAAUAUACGCAUCUGGACAUAUAGAUUAUAGAAAUGGGUAUAAAAAAGAAAUGGCGUGGAAGAAAAUUAAAGAAAAGAUGGGAAUGGAUGUCCGAACAUUGAAAAUCAAAUGGAAAAACCUAAGGGAUACUUACAGAAAGCAUAAAAUGUGUCGUCUAUCAGGAAACAAAAGCACCAGCAAUCUUUCCAACUGGGUAUGGUCCGAUAACAUGUCCUUCAUUGAACCCUACAUCAAAUUACGACCAACAGAUACUUCUAGAAUUUCUAAUGAUUCAUCUGAUACAGAAGAGAAUGAUACAGAAGAAGACAAUGAACAAGAUGAGACACAAAACGUCCAAAACCCUGAACCAGAACCAGAAAAGAUAUUACGUCCAGUAAAAAGAAGACGACAAGAAAGCGACGAUACAAUAAACAAUAUAAUGACAAACAUAAAUACAGAAAUAAACACAGAAAGGAAUACACAAGAAGCAACCGUACCUGUGCCAUGUGACAGAACUGAUAUGGAGUUUCUAGGUUAUGCCAGUACAGUAAAAAGAUUGUCUUUACGUAAUCAAGCGCUUGUUAAACUUCAAAUAGCAAAGAUACUGACACGAUAUCAACUUCAAGAAUUGAGCAAUACUUCAUUAGAAAAUGGGGAGUUUAUGACAUCUGUGCAAAUGACAGAUUUACAGCCAUAUUUUAUUGAUGUGGAAAAAAAACCAGAUAUACAAAAUUCUUCGUCAUCAACUUAGAUUUCAAAGAGAAUGGUGUAUUUCCGGGCGGAUCCAGCUUUGGCGCCAGGAAGGGUCACAUAGUCGUGGUUAAAUCAAGAGCUUGACGAAAUAUGUAAAUAUAUUUUGUCAAGGUCUUGACCUACCAGCUCAGGGGGGGAGGGUCGUGACCCCCAUCCUCCCCUCCUGGAUCCGCCGUUGGGUAUUAUA